UACGGCCUGCAAAUUCAUAUUUUUGUGCAAAAACAGCCGGAAAAUGUCAUCUUCAGAGUUUUAUUUGCGAUAUUAUGUUGGUCACAAAGGAAAAUUUGGACACGAAUUCUUAGAAUUUGAAUUCCGACCUGAUGGAAAGCUAAGGUAUGCAAAUAAUUCUAACUACAAAAAUGAUACCAUGAUUCGUAAGGAGGCUUACGUUCACAAAUGUGUAAUGGAGGAAUUGAAAAGGAUAAUUGAAGAUUCCGAAAUAAUGAAAGAAGAUGAUAAUUUGUGGCCACAGCCUGAUCGAGUGGGGAGACAGGAAUUAGAAAUAGUGAUGGGUGAUGAACAUGUGUCAUUUACUACUUCAAAAAUAGGAUCUUUAGUGGAUGUUAACCAAAGCAAGGAUCAAGAUGGAUUACGUUGCUUUUAUUAUCUUGUCCAAGAUUUGAAGUGUCUAGUUUUCUCACUCAUAGGACUGCAUUUCAAGAUCAAGCCUAUUUAAAUUUUGUCCUGUGCAUGAAGUUGAUGUUUCAGUGAAACGAUGGUCUUUUAUCAUUUUCAUUUCUCAUAUUUCAUAGAAUUUUCAAAUAAAUACUUUUGUGUCAAAAUAUUCUAUAUGCAUUGAGUUUUAAUAGUCAUUGAAAAUUGCAUUUUGUGUCUAGUUAUAAAUCAAGAUAAUUUUCAAAAACGUAUGAGAAAGCUUUCCAUCUAAAUUAAUGGUUCUAAUGGUGUUGGAGUUAAAUCGACUUUGAUACUGUGAGUUUAUUUUAUGAGAAUAUGAAAAUGGGGAAAAAUAAGGAUUCUCAAAAUCAUUUAAAAAAAACGAAAUGCAAU